AUGAAUAAGGGUUGGGAGGUUGAUGAAGAUUAAUCUUUAGAUCACUUUCUAUCUCUUACUGAGUGUUUAGUUAUUAAGAAUUAGGUGGUUGAAAAACCUACUGUCUCAGCAAAGAUUUCUCCCAAAUAGAAAAUGCGAUUUAGAACAGCGUCGAUGCCAAAAGUUGAAGAGUUCGUUGAACCAAAGAAGGAAAUAGCGUAGCAAAUAUAGGAUAUCUAAAUAAAACAAUAGCCAAUCAAAACACAGUCAAGACAGUAGAUCAAAUAACCAAGGCCUUUGGAUUCUCGAAUCACUAUAAGAUCUACAUUGUUUUAGAAUCCAAUAGAAAAAGAGCCCCCAAUCAAGUUGGGCAGAACUUUAUAACCAAAAUUUUUCAAUCCCUUAUUAAGAGAGUAAUAACAUAAGCUUGGCCUAUCUCGAAAACUUAAAAGCAUGAACAACAUCUUUAAUGAUGAACGUAUAACCUACAAGCGUGAUUUCAGUUAUCUUAAAUAAUAGAGAUCCAAUAUAGUAUAUGUAGCUCUCUCGAAAUGAUUAAUAAAUAUAUAAUGUACAAGGUUUGAUAAUAUUGACUCUAAGCUUAUUUAUUAUAAUUAAACUCCGUUGAGUAUUUUAAAAGUAAUACAUGAAAGAAUAUUAUAUAAGUAAAUUCAAUAACUCUAUUUUCUACUCCUCAAGCAAUAUCACAAUUGUAAUCGCUGUUGAUUUAUAAUUAUAAAAUAAUAUAAUAAAUUAAGUUCUAUCGA